AUCAUCAGAUAGACAGGGAGCUGUGCUGAAUGGAACAGAGCCUCCCAGCCAUCUAAAUCCCAAAGCUCCAGGGUAGUGGUUGGCUGUGGGGGAAGAGGGACAGCUUGCCCAUGCUCAGUGUUUUAGUUCAUGCCCAGUCUCCUAGUUAAAAGCACUCUGCAGACCCUAGAAAACCCCAAUUGUUUUGCCAAAAGAUUAGGCCAGCUCUGGAUACCGGUUAACUAUUUGGCAGAGACAUUCCUCCUUUUCACUAACAAAGGGAUUAGGGGUUAAAUCUGGUGUGUGUGUGUGUGUGUUUUGGUUUUCUGUCCUUGUGGGGACCAGAGAUUGAAAUAAGGACAAUUCUGACAAGUGGGGACAUUUAGCUAUUUUAGGCGUAGGGGUUAUAUUUUGGGUAACAAUUAAGGUAAGGGGUCAAAAUUAUGGUUUUGGUUAAGGGUUUGGUUAGGGUUAGAGGUUAAGGUUAGGUUAAGGAAAAUAAGAUUUUGAUUGGGAAUCAAUUGUUAGGUCCCCACAAGGAUAGUAAAACAAACUUGUGUGUGUUUAUUUGUGUAGAUGGGAGUGGGUACACUGUCUGUGAGAGAUACAGAGAUCUACUGUGCUCAUAAAUCAAUGGAUGAUCUUUGACCCUGUUUUUUUUUUAUCUCUUCCCUCACUGUUCCUCCCCCUUUCCCACUGAUUCCCAGAUUCACAUAUUGAGAACGUCAAAUAUUACAGUAUUUACUAGAUAGUAUGUUGCUGACUUAAUCACACCGAGUGUAAUAGUGUCAUGAAAUGACAAAGAUAAAAGGAUAACAAGGUCUUAUUGUUGUACAUUCUGCCAUGAGAUGGAUUGCUCACACCUUUCUUGCACCAGUGUAUUUUUAAGCAUUUCACUUACCCUUGUUUGGAGUUUCACGGUUUUCCUCACAGGAGCAUCGCUGUCAACAUUGGAGUGUUACGAUGGAGGGAAUACGGCAGGACACCACUUCGCCAAAUUCUCCACCCCUCAUGAGAAUGCAGCGAGGAGCAGCGUCUUGGGUCAACUAAACAGGGCUGCUCCACCUCCUCCAAGAGUACCUGCAACAAGGACGCCCCCGUCUGUAACGGGGUUGCGGGCUGGCGGCCCACCCUCAUCCACCCAGAGCGCCUGAAGGACUUUGGUAUUGAGGAGGAGGAGUGCCUCAAUGGGAAAGUCAAAACGUUUGAGACCAAGGUGGUGGGCGCUCCUGAGAUCCAGCUAAUGGACCCACCCAAGACUAACAAGAAGAGAGGCAGCGAGCGCAAAGCAGUCCCACCACCCAAGCCUGAGUACCUCCGCUUCGAGGACAUCAGUGCUGCAGCCUUCAAAAUCCAGUCAGCGAUGCAGAAGACGCCUUGUACGUACUCCAGACUGUCCAAACAGUAUGGCAUGGAGAUCUUCCUAAAGAAGGAGCUCCUCCACUACACAGGCUCCGUAAAGGAGAGAGGCGUUUUAUACCUACUCACCUCCCUCAACCAGGAGCAGCAGAAGAAGGGGGUGAUCGUAGCUAAAGACUGUAGCUUCUCCAUGGCCGUGGCUCACCAUGCGGUGGAGUUGAGGAUCCCAGUGUUUGUCAUCAUGCCAGCCAGCUGUGCCCAGCCCCACCUCAGGGUGUACCGAGACUACGGCGCCAUGGUCAUCUCCUAUGGUAGUACCGCCAGGGACUCCCUGAACCACGCCCGCCACCUGGCCAAGGAGAACGGAUACCUCUGCCUGGAAGAGGAUGAUAGUGCUGUGUACUUGGCAGGGCUGGGCACAGUAGGCAUGGAGAUCUAUGAGCAGGUGCCCAAACUAGAUGCAGUCAUUGUGCCCACAGGUGGGCAGUGUAGUCUACUGGUCAGCACAGCAGCAGCCAUCAAACACCUCAACUCACGCAUCACUGUCAUAGGAGUUGAACCAGAAGGAUUCCCGCUGCUACUACAGUCCCUCAAAACAGGCAGCCCAGUGGCUAGUGAACUUUACAACGUCCCCAACAGGAAGCUUUAUGGAGAUCUAUUUGAGCACUCACUGGGGACCCACACCUUCCAGUUGGCUAAGAAAUAUGUGGACAAAGUCGUUACUGUCAGAGAAGAGGACUCUCUGGUAGCCAUGCUGAGGUUCCAGGAGUUUGAACGCUCCACAGUGGACACAGAGGGAGCCAUGGGACUAGCGGCCAUCUUGGCUGGGCAACUACCAGAGCUAAAGGGCAAAAGGGUAGCUGUGGUGGUUAGCAGUGCUAACAUGGAGUUGGACCUGAUCAGACAGUGUGUUGACCGCGCCCUGGUUCUGGAUGACCGAGUCAGCAAGUUUACAGUGCAGCUGGGGGACUUUCCGGGGGACAUGGCCAAGCUACUGGACAUGCUGGCAAGAGAGGACAUCAAGCUGUUGGAUAUUUGCCACCGGAGACACAGUGACAAAGGCGAUCUCUUCAAGGCCCAGGUGGAGUGUGUAGUGGAGACCAGGGAUAAGACACAGAGCACUCAGCUCCGCAGGAUACUGUCUGAGCGCUACCCCACACUACACUGGCUGGACCGGUGAUCAACACUUGUCAUGGCUCUCAAUCUGACCAUCCACACACACACAUGUACAGUACCAGUCAAAAGUUGACACACCUACUCAUUCAAGGGUUUUUAUUUAUUUGUACUAUUUUCUACAUUGUAGAAUAAUAGUGAAUACAUCAAAACUAUGAAAUAACACAUGGAAUCAUGUAGUAACCAAAAAAGUGUUGUGUUGAAUGCCAAGAGUGUGCAAAGCUGUCAAGGCAAAGGGUAUUUACAUAAAUAAAUCAAAAUACAUUUUUGAUUUUGCAAACACUUUUUUUGGUUACUACAUGAUUCCAUGUGUUAUUUCAUAGUUUUGAUGUCUUCACUAUUAUCUACAAUGUAGAAAAUAAAGAAAAACCCUUGAAUGAAUAGGUGUGUCCAAACUUUUGACUGGUACUGUAUGUGCGCACAUGCACGUCACACCCACACUGAAACAGAAACUUUGUGAAUAUGUAUCCAAACUAACACAUAAUACAUGCAUUGAAAUCUUUGCUGCAGAGAGGAGAUAAAAUUAAAUAUGGGAAUACAUGGCAUUUACUGCAUAUUCUGCUCUGAUGAGAAAACAAUACUUUCACCCAACACUUCUGUUAUUAGGGAGCUCAUGUGGUACUUUUAGGCCAGUAUCACGGACACAGAUUAAGCUCAACUAGUCCUGGACUAAAAAAAUCUAUUUCAAUGGAGAUUCUCCAUUGAGCAUACUUUUUAGUCUGGAACUAGGCUUAAUCUGUGCCUCAAACAGGCCCGUUGAGUGUGAUAAUGAUUAACAUUCCAGAGGGUCACGCCAGUGCAUAAACUACUAUCCUACAGUCUACUCAUGGUUAGCCCCUAGUUAGGAGCUAGCAUUUUAAUGUGGUUUCUCCUUACAAACCACUACUGUUCCAUUGAGAGAAAUAAUAACACAUUAAGUAUAUAGUAUUUUCAAUACACAUUGUUUUUGAAUUGUUGUACAUAUCUACAUAACAACAGGGGCCGUGUCAAUCAUCACAAAUAUGUUCUGGAAAUAAAAGAUGAUGAUAAUGAUGU